CACACAAAAGCCAUUAGUAUUUCCCCAUAAGAAGAUGCAAGUCUCAAACCUCCGACUCCUCUUCUUGACCCCUUUGCACCCUUCGCUUAAACCCUCCUUCUCUCUCCUCCCCAAAUCAAAACCCUACUCCAUCCUCACCGCCCUCGCCUCCUCCCACCCAAAACGACGCCGUCCCAUUCCCUACAACUCCCCCAGACCCAGAAGCAAAAGCACUCUCAGACACCGAGACCAAGGAAUGGAGGAUAAGACCGAGUCCGUUUCCUUCAACAAGAGAAGAGCCGAGGGUCAUGACAAGAACGAUAGGCCCAAGAAGAAUCUUCAGAGGAGAUCCAGGCCUCUUAAUCCUACAAACACCAUAGCUUAUGUUCAGUUUCUAGGGACUGGAAUGGAUACUCUGGAUACAUCUCCUUCAGUGUUGCUAUUCUUUGACAAGCAAAGGUUUAUUUUUAAUGCUGGAGAGGGACUGCAAAGGUUCUGCACAGAGCAUAAGAUUAGAUUGUCAAAGAUAGAUCACAUAUUUCUCUCUCGUGUCUGCUCUGAGACUGCCGGUGGAAUUCCAGGUUUGCUGUUAACUUUGGCUGGCAUGGGUGAAUCAGGAAUGUCUGUUAAUGUGUGGGGCCCAUCAGAUCUUAAGUUCUUGGUAGAUGCCAUGAAGUGUUUCAUUCCAAAUGCUGCCAUGGUUCACACUAGGAGUUUUGGCCACACACAUGGGUCUGUGGGGGCUCCUAUGGCUGAUGAAACUGAAGUUACCGAACCCAUUGUUUUAGUUGACGAUGAAGUUGUCAAAUUAUCAGCCAUUCUUCUACGACCAAGUUUGUUGGAAGGGUCUCAGCGCCUGAAUGGAGUACCGAUGCAGAAUCCUGCUGCAAAGGUCCUUGAUGAUGGGACAGAUCAUUCUUCAGAACCCAUUGGGCUAAAUGGCAGAAGUGUACGUACUGGAAAGCCUGGCGACAUGUCUGUAAUCUAUGUCUGUGAAUUACCUGAAAUUAAAGGGAAAUUUUUCCCUGAGAAAGCUGAGGCUUUAGGUGUUAGACCAGGGCCCAAGUAUCAUGAAUUGCAACUUGGAAACUCGGUGAAGUCGGAUAAGCAGAACCUCAUGGUUCAUCCAAGUGAUGUAAUGGGACCCUCUGUUCCUGGUCCUAUUGUACUCCUUGUCGACUGCCCGACAGAAUCUCAUUUGCAGGAAUUGUUAUCUGUACAAUGUCUCAGUAGCUAUUAUGCAGAUUUCUCUGGUCCCCCUGAUAAUGCUAAGGUUGUCACUUGUGUCAUUCAUUUGAGUCCUUCAUCCCUCACAAGCAAUUCAAACUACCAGAGAUGGAUGAAAAGAUUUGGUUCAGCCCAACAUAUCAUGGCUGGACAUGAAAGGAAGAAUGUGGAGAUUCCAAUUUUGAAAGCGAGUGCAAGAAUUGCAGCUCGACUAAAUUAUCUAUGUCCACAGUUCUUUCCAGCUCCAGGUUUUUGGUCUCUUCAGCACCGUGAUUGCUUGGCACCAGAGUCCACUACUUCAAGUGAGGGUUCUGCUUGUGAAAGCAUUUCUGCUGAAAACCUUCUCAAGUUCACUUUGCGGCCAUAUGCUCAUCUUGGAUUAGAUAGAUCUUUAGUUCCAAGUAAGGUAGCUUCUGUAGAUGUCAUCAAUGACUUACUUUCAGAGAAUCCGGAGGUUGUAGAUGCUGCCCAAUGUGUUAGCCAGUUCUGGCGUCAGUCCACAGAAACCAAGGAAAAGAUAAGUUUCAUGCAGGAAGAUACGGUUAUGGUUGAAGAGCCAUGGUUUAGUGAGAAUACACUUCCUAGUUGCUUGGAGAAUAUUAGGAGAGAUGAUUUAGAGAUAGUUCUUCUAGGAACUGGAUCGUCUCAGCCAUCUAAAUAUCGCAAUGUCAGUGCUAUCCAUAUAAACCUCUUCUCCAAUGGAGGCUUGCUUUUAGAUUGUGGCGAAGGAACCCUGGGACAGCUGAAAAGAAGAUAUGGUGUAGAGGGUGCGGAUAAUGCUGUUAGAGCUCUUCGAUGUAUAUGGAUUUCUCAUAUUCAUGCUGAUCACCAUACGGGGCUGGCAAGAAUUCUUGCUCUGCGAUGUACUUUGUUGAAGGGAGUGCCUCAUGAACCAGUAGUUGUAGUUGGACCAAGACAGCUUAAGAGAUAUUUGGAAGCGUACCAAAGACUUGAAGAUUUAGAUAUGCAGUUCCUUGAUUGUUGUGCUACUUUAUCAAAUAGACAUCACUCCUCUCCCGGGAAAGAUAGGCUACAUAAUUCUUCUCUAUUUGCUAAAGGAUCUCGUAUGGAGAGCUAUUGGAAGAGACCUGGUAGUCCAGUUGACGACGAUGUUCUGAAGAGAUUGCAGACAUUGCUCAGCGAAGCUGGUCUAGAAUCCUUGAUUAGUGUUCCUGUCAUGCACUGCCCACAAGCCUUUGGUGUUGUCUUGAAGGCUUCAGAGAGAAUCAACAGUGUUGGAAAAGUGAUACCAGGGUGGAAGCUUGUGUACUCUGGUGAUACUAGGCCCUGCCCCGCACUCAAAGAAGCAUCUCGUGGUGCAACAAUUCUUAUACACGAGGCAACAUUCGAGGAUGGCAUGGUAGACGAGGCCAUAUCAAAAAACCACAGCACAACCGAGGAAGCUAUAGAAGUAGGAAACUCUGCUGGUGUUUAUCGCAUCAUUCUUACCCACUUCAGCCAGAGGUACCCAAAAAUCCCAGUAUUUGACGAGACACACAUGCAUAAGACAUGCAUUGCGUUUGACCUGAUGAGUAUAAACAUAGCUGAUUUGCCUGUUCUGCCUAAAGUUCUUCCAUACUUGAAAAUGCUAUUUAAAAAUGAGAUGACAGUGGAUGAAUUAGAUGAGAUGUUAGAUGCUGGAAAUGUUGCUUCUUAGUAACAAUUAUUCAUUCUUUUUCCUCUUUAACUCCCCACAAAUUUUGUAACUCGUGGUAACAAAUUAUUCUUGUAAUCUGUGUAUAUCAUUGAAACUUUGAGAGAGCA